AUAGCCAAAAUCUGAACCAACAACCCCAUUCAAAGGGAACAAGUGCAGAACAACAGGAACAAGUGCAGAACAACAGGAACCACCAACAAAUCGAUUCACAUCACAAAGCUUUAUCUGGAAUAUUCAAUAUCUACGGGUGUCAACCUAUUCAUCAAGCUUCUAGUGUUCGGUUGACUUCUAAGCUCUUCUACAUAAGGAUCUUUCAUCAUAAUUCUUUUACACCUUCUACGGCUUCUACGACUUCUACGCCUUCCUCUGCCUUCCUCUGCCUUACACUACCCAUCUUUGAGGCAAACCUACCUCCCUUUCAGCAACUAAAACGCAUGCUUAGUGGGACGAGCCGUCUUCCGUCCCCCACGAUUAUCUACUUGACACAGCUCUUGUAAUACAUUGCAAUUCGCCUUGGCCCAUCUCAGAAAGGCCUUUUCAAUUGUCGCGGUGUUAACGGAACGGACUUCCAUGUCGACGAAGACCUUACCUUUAGCAGAACCGACUCAGCCUCAACGCUAAGAGUUACUUAAUUUUCCGGCAAAGGUACGUGCCAAGAUUUGUUGUCUAUAAUCUUCUCUACUCUCUGCCCUCCCUGCUUGAAGAUACAAAGUGACUUACUUCAUCCCCAACCAUCCGUCAUACCUGGCAGCCUCUUGGAGGAGAGACUCUUGCUGGAUGCAUGCUUACAAUUUCAUAGAGAGUUCAUCAUAAUUCAUCAUCUGCCAGCAUAGAACCUCCCAACAGGUUAUACGAAAUAAAUAUUACGAUUGCAUACAAUUGUGUUUCAAACUCUCCGACCUGUCCCAUUCCGAUUGCGGCCCCACGAUACCAACGAACGUACACGAUACUCGCCUGGAACAAUUAAAGGCAAUUUUGGGUCUUAUCUUACAAUAUCUUAUCGGCAAAGGAAACUGUUUACCUAUUUCUCUCUUUGACACUUGCAGCUGAAUUGCAGCGUCACAUUUGAGUCAUCGAGAAGUGCACUGAGUUGACUAGCGAUAACGCUCUACAGAGCUCGCAUAUUUGAAUUUGAAACUAUGGGAAACCAACCUUCCAAAGGUUCAGGGUCAGCAACGCCCAGGAAUAGUGCAUCACAAACGUCUCUAGCAGAUAAUUUAUCAUCUUAUCCUUCAUUCAGCAAAGCGGAUACCAAGGAAUCUAAUAAGUCAUUCAGAGGCGCCCUCCGAUCAAAAAUACCAGGUUCGAGGGACAGUCCAAGAAAUUCGAUUGCAGGAAUAGGUACUAUUGGAGAUGCAAACGAUAAAUCUGACGUUGGGUCCAUAAAAUCGGGGAAAGGCUCUAAAUCGGGCAGAUCAUCAUCUGUACCAGCCUCACCCAGAUCACCUCAAGAUUCUUCUGAAGAUCUUCCUUCGCCAGUCGAUGAUCUCAAGCCGCCACCUUCACCCGUGCAGUCUCCUUCCGUAAAGUCCGGACAUCACGAUGUUGGAGCUGCACAGCGCAGUGGUGAAGUUGAUCAUGUUUCCGACCAGCCUCCCUCGGGCGCAGUAAAUCCUCAUGCAGUUGGAGGGCGGGCUGGGCAAUCUAUAUUGGUCAAGAGGGCAAAUGAGAUCAAUCCGGUUGACCAAAAAACCUUACUAGCUGCCCCAAUGAAUGGAGCUAAUGAUGCAGCACUCUCAACAUCAUCAUCCGGACAAAUCUCUAUGGGCACACUGAAAGAUAAAGAACUCGACGACUAUAUUUCGAGGCUCUUGGAUGCAGGCUACCAGGGAAAAAGCACCAAGGGAGUUUGCCUCAAAAGUGCAGAAAUCAACUCAAUUUGCCUUCGAGUGAGAGAGAUCUUGUUAGACCAACCACCACUGGUCGAGUUGGAAGCCCCAGUUAAGAUUGUAGGUGAUAUUCAUGGGCAGUACUCAGACCUUAUUCGCAUGUUUGAAAUGUGUGGGUUCCCUCCCUCGUCAAACUUCUUAUUCUUGGGUGAUUAUGUCGAUCGAGGCAAGCAAUCUCUUGAGACAAUUCUAUUGCUCAUGUGCUACAAGAUUAAAUAUCCAGAAAACUUCUUUUUGCUGAGAGGUAAUCACGAAUGUGCAAACGUUACUAGAGUCUAUGGAUUUUAUGAUGAGUGUAAACGAAGAGCUAAUGUCAAAGUAUGGAAGACGUUUGUGGAUGUCUUCAACUGUGUAUGUAGUCGGGUCUCAUAGCGUGUGAAUUUUUGACUAACUCGUGUGGCAGUUACCUAUCGCCGCUAUCGUCGCAGGGAAGAUCUUUUGUGUUCACGGCGGCUUAUCCCCGGCUCUUAGCCAUAUGGAUGAUAUCAGACAUAUUGCUCGACCCACAGACGUCCCUGAUUUUGGAUUACUUAAUGAUCUUUUGUGGUCUGAUCCUGCAGAUCAGGAAAAUGAUUGGGAAACUAGCGAGAGAGGUGUUAGUUAUUCCUUUGGUAAGAAGGUCAUUUCGGAGUUCCUAGCAAGGCACGACUUUGACUUGGUCUGUCGAGCACACAUGGUUGUUGAAGACGGUUACGAAUUUUUUGAAGAUCGAAUCCUCGUGACGGUAUUCUCUGCACCCAACUAUUGCGGCGAAUUUGACAAUUAUGGAGCUGUCAUGAGUGUUUCAACAGAGCUACUUUGCAGCUUUGAACUUCUGAAACCGUUGGACUCCAGCGCCUUGAAGAGUCAGAUGAAAAAGAGUCGUAACAAGCGGAAUAGUAUGGUCAACAGUCCUCCACCAAUAGGAGGUUUUGCCCCACAGAGUGUAUAAUGAUCCACCAGGAGAUUUUCAAGCAAAUAUAGACGCGAAGAUUGCUCUGGGGAAAAAGUCCUAUACAUACAAAACAGAAAAUUGAAGCUAUGAACGCAAUAUAUUAACAAGUACGGGAUAUGUUACAAUAUACGCGCGCAAUUAGACUAACCACUCAACAGUGGCUCAGUACAUACAAAUCAAAGGCUGGCCAGGACGAGAUUCGGGUAACCAAAAUGUCUACUUGAUCAAGGCUCAUUUUACACCGCAUUUUAUACCGCAUCAAGAAGGUUAUGAUAGACGGCCAGGAGUGGAGAUUGCCCAUAGAGAUAUUGCAUGCACACAUUUGAUUAAUUUUCCUUCACUACGGAUAGUUCCUUGUUUGCGACAACUGAAAUUGCCCCUUCUACUCGGAUGCAGACACGGAAAGGGAAUCAUUUUACACCGGCGUUAUUUGUUUUAGUAUGUCUCAAAUUGGAGACGGAAAGGAAACUCGACUUUUUUUUUGCUCUUGCAGGUUACGCAAUUGCUGAUCAUGGCCACAUGAGAUGGAUAGGUGGGUGGGUGAUGGGCAAUAGAUGCGUGUGCUGUGUGGAUGGUGUAUUUUGUAUUCGUAAUGUGUGUGUGGGCCGCUCUGGGAGUAGUACUCAGUUUAAGAUGGCUGGCGUGUGGAGUAGUGAGAAGUGGCAUGGCAUAGAAGACGAUUGUCCUUGGGCUUGGUGUUGUUUGGUUGGACUCAUUCAUGAUUUUAUGCAAUCAAUGAGUGAUGGAAUGACAUGCGAUUUUAAAGCGUUCUUCGAAAUAUUGGUCUGAUGAUGCGUGUGUGUUUGAAUGAUGUGAAUACGGGUUUCCUACCUGGCUUAUUAUAGUUAAUAUAUGAUGCAAGUUUUCAUCUUA